GAGAGAAUGGGAAGAAACACUGGAUGGGUUUCUGUGUUGUGGAUGGCCUAAUAAAUUUACAAACUUAAGCGCCACACACUGAUUCUGUUAAAGCGAAUUCCAUCUUCCAACUGAUUGAUUGUUCAGCUACCAGGAGGAGUUUGAGAACGCUCUCCAAGUUCAGAUCAAAAUUGCAGUUGCGAGUGAUGGCGGAGCAGUUGAGGAACAGGUUCGUAGCACUCAAGAGUCACGUAAACGGUGAGCCGACAGAGUCCGAUUUCGAUAUUAAGACGGAAUCAAUAGCCGUGGCUGCGCGGAGCGGAGAGGUGAUUGUGAAGACGCUGUGCGUAUCAGUGGAUCCGUACCAGCUUAACCGCAUGAAGGCAAAUUGUUCGUCUCAGGCGGCCAUUGGUUUCGCCGCCGCAAUCCCUCCAGGCCAGGCCAUUGAUACGUACGGCGUAGGCCGAGUAGUCGCUUCGGGCCGGGCUGAAUUCAGCAAAGACGAGCUGGUGAUCGGGCUUCUCUCAUGGGGAGAAUACACCGUUGUGGAGCAAGGCAGGCUUCUCAAUAAGCUGGAUCCCAUGGGCUUGCCUUUGCAUUACCACGUCGGCCCUCUCGGUUUCAGUGGGCUAGCAGCGUACGGAGGAUUCUUCGAAGUGUGCAAUCCGAAGAAAGGGGAAAGUGUGUUUGUGUCGACAGCCUCAGGAUCCGUCGGAAGUUUAGUUGGUCAGUAUGCCAAAUUGUUUGGCUGUCGUGUAGUUGGCUCUGCUGGUUCCCAAUCGAAGGUCGAUCUACUCAAGCAAAAGCUUGGUUUCGACGACGCAUUCAACUACAAGGACGAGACCGACCUCAAAUCUGCCCUAAAAAGGCACUUCCCAGACGGCAUCGAUAUAUAUUUUGAUAACGUGGGAGGAGAGAUGUUGGAAGCGGCCAUUGCUAACAUGAACACGUAUGGCCGUGUGGCUGUCUGCGGCGCCAUUUCCGAGUACACAGGAGGUGGCCGCAAGGCGGCGUUAGAGUUGCUGGAUGUGGUGUAUAAGAGGAUCACGGUUCAGGGAUUUUUAGCCGCGGAUCACCUGAAGUGCUACCCGGAUUUCAUCUCCUCCACGGCCGAGUACAUUAAUGCCGGCAAAAUGGAGGUUCUUUGUAGCAUCUCACAUGGCGUCGAUAGCAUACCCGGCGCCUUCGUGGGGUUGUUCCGUGGUGAUAACAUUGGAAAAAUGGUUGUAAAAAUUUCCGAUAAGUGAGAGAUAUGGCGAAAAAGUAUGGUUGUUAUCACUUAUUACGGUUGAUAAUUUAUUUUAUUUUUCAUCGUUAUAAAGAAUGUUUAGUUUGUUCUUAAAUA